UGUCCCGACACUUUCAAGCAGACUGUAUGCAAAACUGAGUCGAAUUGAAGAGCUGUUAUCGCCUUUGCGUGGAGUGAACGAGAACAAAGUGGUUUAACGGUAAAUGGGAGCUCGGUCGGAUGGAACCAAACGUAUCACUGUAAACUCCUGGACGGACUUGUGCCAGAUCAGCAGCAGCUCUGCAAACGGAACCUCGAGCUCAUGCACAGCAUCGUGCACGCGGCCAAACUCACCAAGAGCGCGUGCCAAGGCACCUUCAGCGACAUGCGUUGGAACUGCUCCUCCAUCCAGAGCGCGCCUCACUUUACUCCUGACCUGGCAAAAGGGACGCGUGAGGCAGCAUUUGUGUUCUCUCUGGCUGCCGCAGUGGUCAGUCAUGCCAUCGCACGUGCCUGUGCAUCUGGAGAACUCCCCAGCUGUUCCUGUGCGACAGCGCCGUCAGAGCAGGCGGCCCCAGAUUUCCGUUGGGGUGGCUGUGGAGAUAAUGUCCGUUAUGGCCUUCAGAUGGGCUCCGCUUUCUCAGACGCACCCAUGAGGAACCGCCGCUCCGGACCACAGGCCUUUAGACUCAUGCAGCUUCACAACAAUGCAGUGGGAAGACAGGUGCUUAUGGAUGCUCUAGAGAUGAAAUGCAAAUGUCAUGGUGUUUCUGGGUCCUGCUCUGUGAAAACCUGUUGGAAGGGCCUUCAGGACAUCAACACCAUCUCCGCUGAUCUCAAAUCGAAAUACCUGUCGGCCACCAAAGUUAUUCCGCGCCAGGUAGGCACCCGCCGACAGCUGGUCCCCCGGGAGAUGGAGGUGAGACCUGUCGGAGAGAAUGAACUCGUCUACCUGGUCAGCUCACCUGAUUACUGCUCACAAAACGCCAAUCAGGGGUCAUUUGGAACCACAGACAGGCAGUGUAAUAAAACUGCAACAGACAGUGAGAGUUGUGGGCUCAUGUGCUGUGGGCGGGGCUAUAAUGCCUAUACAGAGGUGCUGGUGGAACGCUGUCAGUGUAAAUAUCACUGGUGCUGUUACGUCUCCUGCAAAACCUGCCACCGCAGGGUUGAGAGAUACGUCUGCAAGUGACAAACCACCACACGCAUUAUCUCCAUCUAAAAGCUUUGGAGAUCAUGGAGAGGAAGAAAGAGAGUUGGUAGCAAUGCUGGUCUCAAACUUGUAUGAUCUUUUUUGAGCCGUAAGUUAGUGGAUGAUCCUCUCUAAGUGCUGUAAGGAUGGCAUGAGAGUGAAGAAAAAAGAGCUGGAAUAAAGGAAUAAGGGUUGGUGAAGAGUUUACCAUUGAAAGAGAGUUAAUGAAUGGCUGUAAAAUAAAGAACCCUGUGGUGAGGCCCCAAAGGCACCCUGCAGAAAACCAGGGUGUUAAGUCCUAGCCGAUCGCAGCAAAAACUCAUCAACUCCAGCUAAGAGGAAGAGACUGGGGGAAGGGUAAAACUGUUAGUUACUUGCUGAUAAAGUCUCACAUUUCACGUUACAUCUAAUGGUCAGAUACAACCAUAUGAUUCUCGUGUGGAUAAUGUCAUGGGUAUACCGGUGCAAGGGAUGGACAUCAAAAUGUUUAGUUUGGUUAGCCUAAAAAAAUUUCUGUACUCAGGAUUGAUUAUGAAAGAAUGAUGAUACUAUUUUAUAGUAAUGUAUCCCAUCUUUUUGUGAAGUUGUUCAGCUUAGUUUUUUGUAUUACUGAAAAGACCUUUC